AAGGCUUUCUUGACCUUCACAUAUUCUCUCUCUCUCUCUCUAGAACCGCUAUUGUCUCGUAACGGUUUUCGGCCUAGUUUGGUCGGUUUGUUUGGAGGAAACCGAAUUAAGUAGUUUCAGAUAAUUAAUAUCAGAAAAUUCAGGCUCAAAUGGACAAGGACGUGUCUCCUCCAUCAAACACCGGCACCAUCACGGAAUUUAUAACCUCUCCACCGAUCGCAUCUCAUGACAGUAUUCCACCACCUCCUCCAUCAUCAUCCCCCGACAACACUGCUCGCUUCGAUUAUCUCCUCAAGAACCAAAACUUCGGCACCGACUUCGCGUCACUGUAUCACUCCAUUUUCCCGCCAAAAUCGACCUCCAUCUCAUUCAGCCCCUCCACGUGCUGCUCCUCCUCCAUUAACGAUGACCUUAACUCUGACACCAUUGCCACGCAGCAACGCCUCAACCAGGCCCGCCUCAUCCUCCAGUACCAAGAACUCAAUAGCCACUACGACCUCUGCUGCUCCCGACUACUCGACCUCAUUGCCGAGGCCGACUUGCUCCGCCAAGAGAACGCCCACCUCCGCAUUGUCAACACCGAGUUGCUGAAGCUCCUCUCCUCACAGGCCUCCUUCCACAACCUCCUGCUGUCCUCCUCUACCGAUCCGAACCAUUCUUUCCUCCACGAAUUCCGCCGCCUCUCCACCGAAGAUGAAGACAGUACUUCCACCACCGCCAGUACCAAUCGGUUUGAUAGGCUGAGCUCCGACCGCUUCUCGCUCCCCAAGAGCAUCUCCGUUCGGUCCACUGGCUUCACCAAGCCAAGCAACCUCCCUGCUGUGACUCACAAUAGCACCCCGACUCGCUCCUUCACUCGGCCACGUGUCCCGAAUCAACUCGCCUCCGGAUCGCAAAAGGUGUAUUUAUCAGGGAAGAGGGUGGAGGAGCAGGAGGCGAUGGAGUUGGAGGUGUACAAUCAAGGGAUGUUCAAGACGGAGCUUUGCAACAAGUGGCAAGAGAGCGGCACGUGUCCAUACGGGGACCACUGCCAGUUCGCCCACGGGAUAAAGGAGCUCCGUCCGGUGAUCAGGCACCCGCGAUACAAGACGGAGGUUUGCAGGAUGGUAGUGGCUGGCGGCACGUGUCCCUACGGCCACAGGUGCCACUUCCGCCACUCUCUCUCCGAGCAAGAGAAGUUGUUGCCGGCCCCGCUUUGAUAUAUGAUAGCAUUACUUGCCACUGGCACGCUAGAGGCGAUCCCGAUGAUCAUCUGAUAUGGAUUAACGGCCGUGGGUUUUGGGAGGCGUUCGUACGGAGCACUAAAUGCUGUCUUGGGGUUGUACAGAAUCAUAGAUGUCAUAUAAUACUCACGUUAACACUGAAAAGAAUAAUUAAAGAUGAUAAUUAAUUGAUGAUAAGAUCCACGACCGUACGUGAUAAAAGAAAAUAAAAAGACCGAAGUUGAUAAAUGAAAUAAAAGGUUUUAAUAUAAUCUUGGUGUGAUCAGGAUGAAGCAAAGUUGUGUGGUGGCGUAAAGAAAAUAAUUUGUAAUUGGAUUUAGUUUUGUUUUAUAAGUGUACUUGUAUGUUUAUGUACACUUUACGCCAUGUAUUCUGGUGGAGUGCAUGUAACUAACCUAACAACCAAGCUUGAUUUUGUAAUGUCAUGAUGAUAUCUGUUACCUGA